AUGGAAGCAUAUGUUCAUAGCCAAUACAGGGUGGGAUACGGACUCGGUUCUGUACAGCAAGCUGGUGAAACUCGACCGAUGGAUUCACUCGCAGUUUUGAGCAACGUCGCGGCGGCGGCGCAGGCCGGGGGCAACAUCCCGCCCGCCGACACGCGAUAUCAAGAUCCAACUGCAUAUGCUCACAAUAACUUUCAUGAAUCCAGUCCUAUGGCUGAGGCUCUUGGCGCCAUGAAGAGCCAAAAUAUGGAUCCGGAUCCCGUCAGCCCACCUCGAGGCCACCAAACGCCAAGUGUAAUAAAGAUUGAAAAACCAGACUGCGAAAUGCCCCUGCCGUCCGUUAAUAAUGGCGCAACGGAAUCCUUCGUCUCCGAGAUGUCUGACCUCUCAUCUCGUCAAUCAUCCUUCUCUAGUAAAGCGACGACGCCGGCUGAUAAUGAUACCCCAAGAAAACGUAUGCCCGAUCUUUCGACCCCAUCGAUACCUUGUCGCAGCUUUUCGCAUGAUGGCGACCGAUUAGACUUCAUCGUUCAACCUAAAUCAUCCAUUCCUAAAGAUGUACCGCCAUCGCAGUACGCAACCGAGUGCAUCAUUGCGGCAGAAAACUCGAGAUUGAACCCAUAUGCUCUCCAUACCGAAGAAUAUCUCCUGUUGCGCCAUCACAUAACCUACGCUCAGGUGACUACGUACCUGAAUGUUCGAAAUAGUAUACUGCGCCUUUGGCUGAAGAAGCCCUGGCAGGGGAUCACGAGAGAAGAAGCGGUAGGGUGUGCGAACGCUCGCUGGUUUGAUGCAGCCAACUUGUGCUACGACUGGCUCGCUCGUCGGGGAUAUAUCAACUUCGGAUGCCUCGACCUGGGGCGCGUUGCAAGAAAGGCGAAACUCCAAAAGCAGAUCAGCAAGAGGAGAACAAUCGCAGUCGUAGGAGCUGGGAUCUCGGGCUUAUCAUGCGCCAGACAAUUAGAGGGACUGUUCAAGCAGUACGCGGAUCGCUUCAAUGACCUCGGCGAGGAUGUACCAAAAGUCCUACUAAUCGAAGGACGAGGCCGAGUGGGAGGCCGAGUUUACUCCCGCCAGUUCAAGACUCAGCCCAGGUCACCCAUGGAUGGAUUCCAUACCAAACGAUGCACCGCAGAAAUGGGUGGAAUGAUAAUCACUGGAUUCGACCGCGGAAAUCCCAUCAACAUUCUCGUGCGUGGUCAGCUAUGUUUGCCCUAUCAUGCACUCAAAGCAGAAACCACAAUAUACGACAGUGAUGGAAAACCAGUCGAUGCCGAGCGUGAUCAGCUGAUUGAAAAGUUAUACAACGACUGCCUCGACCGUGUCAGCGAGCACAAGCACAAAAUGACGGCUGCCAAAUUGAUACAAGGCAACCGUGACUUGCUAGACGAGGGCAAAGACAGCCCAACGGAUGGGAGCAAAAGCAUCGCUCAAAGCGAAGAGAUGGCAAUUAGCCAAACCAACGAAUCGACGCUACCACAGCAACAUUCUGGAGACACAGUGCCGAUGAUACCAGUAUCUUCGGACAAACUGACUGGACGGGUCUAUUCUGAACCCGGGGUUCCUGCAACCUCUAAAUCUUCUGAAAAAGUGGCUGAGAUGGGGUGGAAUCUAAAGCAUGGCAUUGAUAAGGAAACGGACCUGGAUCUAAGCCAUGCAAUCCAUGACCCAGACUGUACCUUGGGUUCAGUGCUUGAUGAUGCCAUUUCCCAGUACAAGUCGUUGGUUGAACUGAACCCGCUGGAUCACAGACUUAUAAAUUGGCAUAUUGCCAAUCUUGAAUACAGCAAUGCUACAAACUUGCACAAUCUGAGUCUUAGACUCUGGGAUAUUGAUGCUGGAAACGAAUGGGAAGGAAGCCAUACAAUGAUUGUUGGUGGCUAUCAAAGUGUAGCGCGUGGUUUACUCCACUGCCCAACUCCUCUGGACAUCACAUCUAAGUCUCCUGUGAAGCGCAUUAGCUAUCACGCUGAUUCCUUUGUCGGGCCUGCAAGCAUUGAAUGCGAAGACGGAAAAGUGGUGGAAGCCGACUCCGUCGUUUGUACAGUGCCACUUGGGGUCUUAAAACAUGGCAACAUUGAGUUUGACCCGCCUGUGCCUGAUUGGAAAUCUCAAGCUAUCGAGAGAUUGGGCUUUGGUAUUCUCAACAAAGUGGUCCUGGUGUAUGAUAGGGUAUUUUGGGAGGCGGAUAGGCACAUAUUUGGGGUCUUGAAAGACGCCCCAGAUCCGGAAAGCACGUCACAACAUGAAUAUCGCGGCAGCCGCGGCCGUUUCUUUCAGUGGUUCAAUGUUACAAAUACCACGGGCAUGCCCUGCCUGCUUGCUUUGAUGGCUGGAGACGCAGGCUUCGACACAGAGACCACAAGCAACGAAGCCUUGAUUCGCGAAGCCACAGAGACUCUACGCAGCGUUUUCGGUCCAGACGUGCCGCACCCACUGGAAGCAGUCGUGACGCGAUGGGGCUCUGAUCCUUUUGCGAGGGGCAGUUACUCGUCGGCGGCGCCAGACAUGCAACCUGAGGACUACGAUAACAUGGCGAAACCCUUGGGUAACCUGUUCUUCGCGGGCGAGCAUACCAUCGGCACCCACCCGGCAACCGUUCAUGGUGCCUAUCUGUCGGGCUUGCGAGCAGCCUCAGAGAUUCUGGCAGAGAUUCUGGGCCCUAUUGAAGUGCCCACACCGUUGAUUUUACCGCGCGAUUCCUUGCUACUACAGAAACGCAAAGAGGCGGCCAAGGAUCCACGCCAAGCACGCAUUGAUGCAUACGAAGCCGAAGCUUGGAAGUAUGUACAGUCCAAGAUCGGAGAGCGACCCGUACAGCCAGGCAAGGUGGCUGGCAACGCGUAUCUGCUCUUCAGCAAGAUGCACUUUGACGAGGCACGCAAGCGAUGCGAAGAGAACCGCAAAGGGGGCCGGACCAAGGCCAUUCCGAACGAGGUCCGUGUCAUGACCUCGCGCAUGUGGAAAGAAGCAUCGGAAGAGACUCGCCGACCAUUUGAGAUGCAGGCCAACGAGCAGAAGCAAGCAUAUGCUGAAGCCAUGGCGAAGUACGCGCCGAUGGUGGAAAAAUGGGACCUUGAAGCCAUUCAGAUACGGACAGCCUACGAAAGAAGCAAUCCGUUUAGGCCAGAACCUGGCGACGCCAUGGUCGAUUCUAGAGGCCGCAUUCUGCUCACGCCAAAGAGCCGUCGCGCUCGAAACGUAAGCUAUGCGGAAGAUAACGACGGCAGCAUGGAGUUUUAG